GGGAGGAAGAUUUGCCUGAGAGAUCUGACUCAGGGUAAAAAUGGCUCACUACUUCCUCAGACCACUUUUUUUAUAAGUCACUGACGGCGCUGUCUGAGAGAGAAGAAACGUGGACGGUGUAGUUUAAAUCGUUUCCACGGCUUUAGUUUGUGUUAGUUACUUCUUACUCGAAAACAUACAUUUGUAAAAUGACGGGACAGUCUUCGUUGUUAUUGCGUAAACAAUUAUCAGAACUGAUCAAGAACCCAGUGGACGGCUUUUCUGCCGGGCUCGUGGACGAUGAUAACAUCUAUCAAUGGGAAGUGGUCGUUAUUGGACCUCAAGACACAUUAUAUGAAGGAGGUUUCUUCAAAGCUAUCUUAACAUUUCCUCGCGACUAUCCUUUGAAGCCUCCUAAGAUGAAGUUCGCCACUGAAAUCUGGCAUCCAAAUGUGGCAAAAAAUGGUGAAGUUUGCAUUUCCAUUCUGCACGAACCUGGUGAGGACAAGUACGGCUACGAGAAGCCUGAGGAGCGCUGGCUACCGAUCCAUACAGUGGAGACCAUCAUGAUCAGUGUCAUCUCCAUGCUGGCAGAUCCCAAUGUAGAUUCUCCUGCCAAUGUGGAUGCAGCUAAAGAGUGGAGAGAAGAUCCUACAGGAAUUUUUAAGAAAAAGGUGGCGCGUUGUGUACGGAAAAGCCAAGACACUGCUUUUGACUAAGGCGUCAGUCUGAUCAUCAGUUCUGAGCUGGAUGUGGAUUGCCCGUUGAGGGAGAUGGCUGGCAGAUCUUUGCAACUUUUUGCCAGUGAAGAAACUUCUUCAUGAAUAUUGCUGAACAGCAGUAACAUCAAUGCUGCAGUUUUAUAUCAUUACCACUUUAUCAGCAUUUCACUAGCAGGAUAUGUGCAGCCUUUUUGUGUGGCUUGCAUACUUAUGGAAUUUGACAGUACACUGCUCCUAUUUUGUUUUUUUUUCCCCAAAGUAAAUGUAUUAACAUAAUAUUUAGGAUGAUUUCCAUAAUUUAAGUAGUGUAAUGUUAAAUUCUGUGUAUGGGGGAAAAAAAUCAUUAGAUUUUGGAGAAGGCACCAGGAUAAAUGCACCUUCUCUAAAGCUUGUUUAUAUUAAUCUAUUUAUUUGUAGUGAAGCUGUUGCGUGUCGACUGCUCGAGUUAUUUUUUUUCCUUCAAUUUGCAACACUGAGCCACUCAUUUCACUAUAUAUGCAGUUUUUCAUUAAUCGCAGUCAUUGAUCAGAUGGAAAUCUAGAAACACAUCUUCCUCUUUCUCAGGUGCUUCUUCUUUCCUUUGUUGGUGAACUUGAACACUGCCUUAACUUCAGCAAGGACUGCAUUUAAGAGCCUUUUUUUUUAACUUAAGGAAAAAAGGUGUCUCAUACAAACCAAAGAGAAACCGUGAUUUUAAUUAUUAUUUUUUUAAAUUAACAGACUUUCUUCCUAUCCUUGUGAUUGCAUAUGUAGAGUAAAUGUAUUCUCUCAUUCCUAUGGAAGAGGUCACAGGUCAGCAGUUAUUUUAAUACCUCUUACAGAAGUUUAUAUGUAACAGCUUUUUUUUUUUUAUGGUUACAAUAGCAUGGAUACGUCAAAUGAAAUAGUUGUAUUGAUAUAAGUGUGAAUAAAGUCGUGCAGAUACUGUUCUUUCUGUAGAAACCUUUUCUUCCCUCCGCUGUACACCAACACAUCCUUAAACAGACCUCAAGUCAC